GUUUCAUUCCACAUAUAUUACAUGUAAAAAUAACAUUUUCGCAAUGUUUUUUGAAUGCGCAGUGGUUUUAACUGUCUUGUUAAAGUAUGCCAAUGGGAUACACUCUGGUGCAAGACAGGUUCUGGUGGAAACAUCCUUAGGUACUAUUGCAGGACUGGAAUAUGACAGCAAAUUCUUUGGAAUAUCACGAACUAUGCGGAGUUUCAAAGGAAUACCGUAUGCGGAGCCACCAGUGGGGGAACUGCGCUUCAGGAAGCCGGUACCGAAGAGCCUGUUUGAGGGAACUUUCGAGGCGACACGUCACGGCCCCGCGUGUCUGCAGGUGGAUCUCGGUAUCCAGCCACCGACAGGGAUCAGAUACUCGGAGGACUGCCUCUUCCUCAACAUAUACACACCACGGGUAGGCGUGAAAGAGCGGUUGCCGAUUAUGAUUUGGUUCCACGGUGGAGGAUUCGUUGCCGGAAGCUCUAAUAUGUAUAUUGGCGAUCACCUGGCCGCCUUUGGUCAGGUUGUCGUGGUAACUGUGAACUUCCGGUUGACAGUGUUUGGUUUUCUCAGCACAGUUGAUGACAGUUCGCGUGGGAAUUAUGGCCUGUGGGACCAACAUCUUGCUAUAAAGUGGAUACACGACAACGCGGCCGCCUUCAAUGGAGACGCCUCUCGCGUGACGCUGUUCGGGGAGUCAGCCGGGGGAGCCGCCGUCAUGUUCCAGGGAAUGUUUCCUGGAAAUGAAAGACUCGUUCACAGGGCCAUCCUGCAGAGUGGAACUGCUCUGGCCUUCUGGGCUGUUGAGCGUGAACCACUACACAAAGCAAAACGAUUAGGGUCAUACCUAAACUGUACCUCAGAGAUUACCAGUAAACUUGCUGAAUGUUUACGGAGCGUUGAUGCGGAACAACUGAUAUCGAUCGUUCGUGAUGUAGAUGGGGAAUUCUUCACGUUUCCGAAUCCGUUUAUUCCAUCAGUUGAUAAUAAAUUCAUUGACUGGGAAAUUGACGCGAUAGAGUCUAGUGUACAAACAGGGGCCUGCAAAUAUACUAAAAAUUCAUCUAGGUUUUCAAGUCUGGACGUUAUGGUAGGGAUGACAGCAGAUGAAGGAAGUUUGGCUCUUGGACAACUAUUCGGGGUCGCUGAUGUUGAAAAUUUCACACCAAAUCGCAAGGAGUUUAAAAACGUCCAUAUUCCGAUAGCAUUGUUUCAGAGAUUUUACAAAAAAUAUCGAAACAGUGAUUUGAUAAACGAAUUGGUAGCACAUGAAUAUACAGAUGCCUUUGUCACAGAACGCAGUAGCGGGUACAGAAACACUUUCCUGGCAUUACAUUCCGACUCAAUUAUGCUUGACCCAUUGUAUCGCACUUUAGAGCUACAUGCAUGCCCACAAGGCCGGAAAUCGUACAUGUACGUGCUGGCGGACGAGCUAGAGGACCGGCCGUUCUUCCAGGUGGACUGGUUCCGCGGGGCCGGUCAUGGAGACGAACUUCCCCUGCUGUUCGGGUUCAGCAAUCCGACGGGCGUGGGCGAACGCCACCAAUACCAUGCCGACAAGGAUUGGAAGGUGCGCCUAUCUCAAUACAUCAUGACCAUGUGGACGAACUUCGCCCAAACUGGAGAUCCUAACAGUCCAGAAAGGAUCCCUGUUUCGUGGAAACCAUAUGAGGACAGCACUAAGUUUUACCUCGAAAUUUCCCGCAGUAUGACGAAGAAAAAUUUGAAACAUUCCUACCGUACCAAACAAGCAUACUUCUGGAGACACGUUGUACCUCAAAUGUUAAACAUGUACAACUCAUGUGCAACAGCCUUUGACUCUCUGAAUUCUCAUUUCAGCACAUCGAAGUCAGAUUUCUGUACAUCAAAGGAAUGCCAUCCCUAGAAUGCAUGUCAUAUCCUUUCUUGAAACAACAACUAUUUAGAAUGUCGGCUUAUAUACAUAGAUCUCGACUCUUUAAAGCUGCACUCUCACAGAUUGAGCGUUUUGACAACUUUUUCUGUCUUGGAACGAGCCAAUAUUUGCGAAUAUCUAUGGAAACCAGUUAUUUAAGACUGCUGACAAAAAAAAAUAGAUCGCAAAUUUUUAUCUUUAAGUUUAAAAAUUGAAGUUUUAUGCAAUUUUCUUAAACCGUUAGUAACGCUUCAAGCCGUAAAACAUUAAUGUUCGAACGGAAAUGUGGAAAUCUACGAUAUGAUUUUUUGUUAGCAAUCUUAUUAUAUCAUUAGUUUGCAGAUAUUCGCACAAAAAUAUGUUCUUUCCAAGACAAAAAAAAAAUAAAAAAAAAGUUGUAAAAAUGGUAAAUCUGUGAGAGUGCAGCAUGCAGCUUAAAUAUGUCAAAAUGAUACGCUUUCUCAAAAUCCUGAACACUUGCUGAUUACACUGACUGGUGUUGUAACCAUAUGAGAAGGCCCGCGUAUGACACUGUUAUAUAACGAGAAUAUCUUAUCAGCUGGCGUUCAACAAUAUGUCCUACGAUCAAGACUUUCAGUGUCACAAUUUCAUGAAAUUAAAUUGAAAGUUUUACUUGCAAAAUCAAAUAAACUUUGUCUUUACUGGCAAAUAAAAUUAUUAAUUUCAAAAACAAAAGUAUAACUAUUCCGAAACAUGAGUUUAAAAAAGAUAUCGUACGACAAGUGAGUUUGUAAGAUGGACACAUUAUCGAUACACAUGGUGUAAACAUAUUUAUAAUAAUCAUAAUAAACCAAAUACA